CUUGCCCACCCUUUCAGAAAUGGCGGCGCCGCUGGGAGGUAUGUUCUCCGGACAGCCGCCUGGACAUCCCGGAGACUCCAGGGGCCAGGCUUCGCUUCUUCAGGCAGCGCCAGGCCCUCCGAGAACUUCUAACAGUACGUUGGUGGACGAGUUGGAGUCCUCUUUUGAGGCUUGCUUUGCUUCUCUUGUGAGUCAGGACUAUGUCAAUGGCACAGAUCAGGAGGAAAUUAGAACUGGUGUUGAUCAGUGUAUCCAGAAAUUUCUGGAUAUUGCAAGACAGACGGAAUGUUUUUUCCUACAAAAAAGAUUGCAGUUAUCUGUCCAGAAACCAGAGCAAGUUAUCAAAGAGGAUGUCUCAGAACUAAGGAAUGAAUUGCAGCGGAAGGAUGCUCUGGUCCAGAAGCACUUGACGAAACUGAGGCAUUGGCAGCAGGUGCUGGAGGACAUCAACGCUCAGCACAAAAAGCCAGCCGACAUCCCUCAGGGCUCCUUGGCCUACCUCGAGCAGGCGUCUGCUAACAUCCCUGCACCCAUGAAGCAAAGCUGAGUCAAAGCAGGCCUGAAGGGGAUCUGGUGUGAGUCAACCCAGGCACAGUUUUGACAAACAUCACUUCUUGUGGACGUGACAUUUUGGAAGAACUCUUUGCCAAAGAAUGAGAUGAUUUUUGUUUGAUGGUCUCACCUAAAAUGUUCCCCUAGUUUUAUAAACAUCUUUUCUUGAGUACUUUAUAAAAUGGUUUUGGUAGAUCAAGUAAAUUUUUGUCUUUAGCAAAGUUUAGGCUGUUAAUAUGAUGCCACUUACAGAUUCCUUUUUAUGUUUCUUUGUAUUUUUUUUUAUGACUAAGUCUUUUUGUGUUUCCAAUUUUAGAUUAGCUUAUAUAAUAUGAAGGGAAACGUUUGUAUGAUUUGAUCUGAGAAUCAGAGGAUGAGGAUUUUGGUUGUAGACCUUUUAUAACAAUUAUCCCUCAAUGGUAAUAUAGUAAAAUAGGUAAAUUUGCAUAUUUUAAGACUUUGAAUUACCUCAAGAAGAGGAAUCUAAUGCAGCAAUGUCCAUAAGGCUUCCAGAGCUCUCAAAAUGAGGGUAUUUUGUAAAUAGGUUGAAAGGACUGUCAUAUCCUAAGUUAGUGUAGUAUUAAUACAUAGAAUCCUUAAGUUGAUGUUGACUUUUAUUUGGGGUAAGUUUAUAUUUUGUGUGGUGUUUUUUCACUUUUGGGGUGGGGGUGUGUAGCAAGAGCAGUGAUAUGGUAAAUUGUUGGGUUCUGCAGUGAUGCAUCCAUUUUAAGUAAGGGGGUAGACCUUGUGCUCAGCACAACAGUUGAGGUAUACACGCAGUAUGAGAGGUUAAAGCUUGCUAUGGUUGGUUAUCUCUUUUCACUUUCAGUUUUGUUUGCUUGUGUUGUUUUUGUUUCUGUUUUUUUUGUAGCAGAAUUUCUCAUUAAGGAAGGAUCUUGCUAAUGAGUGACAUUGAUUCCAAGGGACUGGGGUCUUGGGGUGGAGAAUGGGCUGCAGGUGACUCUCAGCGACUCACCAUCCUCGAAGAUCAUGGGAUCUCAGCAUUUGGGAAGACAUUUUACCCUCUUGUUGGUUACAUGGGCCAGUGAGAUUCUCUGUUGAGCUGCCGUUGAGAAAUACAGACCGGCAUUGUGUGUGGUGCUCCUUGGAUGAGAUUUUCCUUUCUCGUUGUUUACAAUCUAAUCAGAUUACAUCUCUUUACCCAAAACAGAUGCUCUGUUGUCUUCCGAACAGGCAAUACUUCUGUGACUCAGUGUCCUGAAGUGUUUUAUUUCCUUCAGCCUUGAAGGCCCUCCCUAUAUAACACUGAUACCCAUCCAUUCAUAGUUGUUGUUUGGUCUGAUGCCAUCUGGUCCCUGAAGCCACUGCAUGCUUUCUGCCUCACCCCUCAAGACACAGGACUACCUCUGUCUCUACCAACCUGGCAUGGUUCUCCUUGCGUAGGUUAGUGAUUUGCAUCUGUCUCAGUGCCUCUCAUUAGAAGUAGGCAUUGUUCCUCUCUGAAUGUACAGGGACCACUUAUUAUUUAUUUUUUAUGCGUAAUACAUUUUACUCAUUUUUGUUUGUGUGCCCGUGUGUGGGGUACACAGCCUGAGGCUAACAAAUGCCCUCAGUAUAGGUUAAACAAAGCUUUUAAAAAAAGGUUUUACUCACAAUAUAUGACCUCAGGGUUGUUAACCUGGUCACUUCAUGCCAAUUCGAAGCUCUGAUUGGCAGCUUUAGAUUUCUUUUUUGUUUUUUUUAAUUAAAAAAAAAAUUUUUUUUUUAACAUUUAUUUAUUUUUUAAGAGACAGAGACAGAGCAUGAGCUGGGAAAGGGACACAGAAAGAGAGGGAGUCACAGAUUUCGAAGCAGGCUCCAGGCUCCGAGCUGUCAGCACAGAGCCCGACACAGGGCUUGAACCCAUGAACCAUGAGAUCAUGACCUGAGCCGAAGUCGGCCGCCUAACCGACUGAGCCACCCAGGUGCCCCUUUUUAAUUUUUUUUUUUAAUGUUUAUUUUUGAGAGAGAGAGAGGGAGAGACAGAGCAUGAGUAGGGGAGGGGCAAAGAGAGAGGGAGACACAGAAUCUGAAGCAAGCUCCAGGUUCUGAGCUGUCAGUACAGAGCCUGACACAAAAUGUGAGAUCAUGACCCGAGCCAAAAUCAGACGCUUAACCGACUGAGCCACCCAGGCAUCCCAACAGCUUUGAUUUCUUGGUUAAAAACCUAAAUAAACUGCUUAAGUUUUAGGCAGUCUUUGAGUAAUAAAGAGGUUCUUAGUGAAAAGAUUGGGAACUAUUCUAUUUGGUGCUUAGUGAAAAUAUUUUGAAUUCAUGCAAGUACCAGUUAUUGCCAUUUCUUUAUUAUGAAUUGAGAGUUUUCUGUCAAUACAACUUUUCAAUCUUAGCUAUGAAUAUCAUUUUAAUCUCUUGGUGAUUAACAUCGAAAACGCUCUUGAGUUGCUGUCUUCAGUGAGAAGAAACCAUCAGCUAGGGUUUCCCUUACUUUUCCAGUCCCAGAAGGACAAACCUACCCACAUCUUCAGGGUCUCCUUUUUUUCCUUCCUGUUCCAUCUCCUGAAGUGCCUACCCUGUGUGGGACCAGCCUUUCCACCAGGGUUCUGGGCCCCAGGCCAGUCACCUUCUCUAGGGCUUAAUCCUUGGGUGGUGUCCGUCUUCCGCAUCCCCCGUCUCCUGGAUCAUUCCCUGCGGCUCACAAGAGUUCUUCAUCUCCCAUCUUCAACAUUCCUUCGGUACCUGAGCUGAUGCCCUAUCUCCCUGCCCCUCGUUCACAGUCUCCAGCAUCUCUCCUUCUCUUCCUCCUUUUUCAGCCUGCCCCUUCCAUACCACCAUCACUGUGCUCAUGAUGGUUACUGGCCACUUCAUCUUUACUCUCCCUGGCUGUGAUCAGACACAGGUGGGGUACUGAAGCCAGGUCAUUCCUGCUCAACAUGGGACUCCUCAUGGGCAGUCUUUGCUCUGGAGCUCCUACUGGCCUGGCCAAGACUUCUUGGUGCUGUCUUAUUGUCUGAGCUUCUUUGCCCAAAUCUUCCUUGGCCUCCCUUUCAGUGGUGUCAACCUGCACCAUAGUCUGAAGGCUCUUCUUGCCUUAGGCUUCCUCUUCCCUUUAUGUUACAGGUGGUUUUUCCUGAGAAAGGGAAGAAAAACCUGUCCCUGACAUCCAGAUACUGAUCUGUGUUAUGGACACUUAUCCAACUAGGCCAUGUUAUUCUCCUGUUGGACAUGAACAGUCUCAGAAUACCAACUCAGAGUUGCUCCAAGACCAUGAUAAAGUAGGACAAAACAAAAGCACCGCAUCAUUUUGUCUAGGCUCAGAGAAAAAAUAAGGUCACAGUGUUAACCCACCAAACAUUCUUCUGACUGAAGUGAGUAACUGCCUUUUUUUUUUUUUUAACUAUUUUCAGCUUUAUCUUCACUCUAGUCUGUGCUCCGAACAAAUAAAAUUUUCUUUCAGGCACCCAGUCAUAGAAUUGCCCCGACUUGUUUACAGCAUCCAAUCUAGAGUGCACCUUUGCAUCCUUAGGCUGUCUGAAAUCACUCACCAAAGCCAGAAUUCUGAAAUAGGUUCUAACACCCUCUUUCUGAGAAGCCCUACCAUCUCCACAAUGAGCAUUCUCCCUAUUGCAACAAGUGAUAAACCUAACUUGUUCCCUGCAGAUGUGUUUCUGGUGGUCCUUGGCUGAGGGCCAUUGAAAUCCCCAAUAAAUGUCUUCUAAUUCUGAUUGUGUCUUGGGAGAUAGCUCCUGGAGGACCUGACUGACAUGGCUGUUAGUGGACGUGGUCUGAGAGCAGGCAGUAGGAUGGGGCCUGGGGACUGGCUCAUGCACUGUCCCAAUUGGCAAGGAAGACCCAUGGCGGUGUAGUUGCCAGUGGCCCACUUGCUGAAGAUUCCACCAGUGGUGCCACAGGGAGACGUCCCAGUGGAAGGGAACAUUGUCAGUACAAGGACCAAACAUUGGAAGGUAAGGGGGCAUACUGUGUACAAGAACAGUGGAGUUGGCUGGUUAGCACCUCACUGUCUUGACUCCCCAUGGAGGGAUAAUGACUAACAGGACUUAACAGUCAACAGCCACUCUGAGUGCCUGGGGCAUCUUUGAUUAUCACCUGUAGGGUGAGGGGAGACAGCUGAGGAACUAGCAGGAGGGAGUAGAUCAAAAAUAGUGUUGCAUCCCCAGGGGUGAUGGUGGAGAUUAGCCCUACCUAAGAAAUCUGAAGAAUGCAGGGACAGCUCCAUUUAAUUUCCUAACGUCGCCCUUGCAGAAUCCAGGUGGAUCCUGGAGAGACUAUAGACCAAGUAGCCUCACUCACAACUACUGUGUUGGAUGUUACAUCAAUGCUAGAGCAGCUAAUAAGGGUUCAGGUACACAAUAUGCAGCCAUUUUUUGAGCGAGUUCAGUCUUUUCUACCCUAAUUAAGAAACACUUUACAGCAAUCUUCCUUUCCAGUUUUGCUCCAGCCGUAUGUUAGCCCCUCCUUCUGUCCUAAAAGAGCCUAACAAGAUUUAUCACCAAAUCUUGCUGUUUCUCCCUCCUGACUCAAUCCUGAAUCAGUUCAUUUCUCUUCAUCUGCACUGUUUUCCCCAAGCCAUCACUGUCACGUCUGGACCACUCACUCUUGAGAGAUUGAUGGAAUCUGAUUAUAUACACAAAAACCAGAAGAAUGUUUUAUCUAUCAAAUUGAGUUUCUUUGUCAGUAUUAUCUAGGGUACAGAGAGGAUUUUAUUCACUGUGGUGAAGGUGGAACCUUGAGAGAAACUUUCUGGAUGAUAAUUCUGCUAUAUCAAAAAGCUUAAGCAUGUAUCCUUUGAUGCUUUACUUAGAUACACCCAAGGAAUGUGUCCUAAGGAAAUAAAUGAUAGAAGCAUGCUCAGAUUUAGUUAACAGAUACAAUUAUUACAGUGUGGAAUCUAGAAAUUUAACAGAAUCUUUCACUCACCUGCAACAAGAAAGAAAUCAAACAGAUGUAGAGUCUCAAUAAAAUUCUGUCCCUGCAGCAGGUGUCAUGCUGAGUUAAAGUGCAGCCUACGUUGCUAGUCAUCAGUAGUUGCACUGUUGGAAGAAUGUUUCGAUAAACAGUACAACUAUCUGUACGUAGUUUAGUUUUUAAAACACAAAACUAGUUUAGUUCUUAAAACACAGAACGCAAGCAUAAUCCUACAGUGCUCACCCUAAGCAGGAAACAAGAUCACUAAAAAAAAUUGAUACUGAGAAAUAACAUGGCAUGUUACAUGUAUGGUAACAAGUAUUUUCAUUUAAGAAAUUAUCUUAUUGGGGCCACGUGUUUUGAUUAGAUAGGAAUUUUACCUUUAGGGGCCUCCGGGUGGCUCAGUUGGUUUUGUGUCCGACUCUUGAUUUCGGCUCAGGUCAUGACUCACAGUUGGUGGGAUUGAGCCCUGGAGACAGUGUGUCAGAGCCUGCUUGGGAUUCUCUCCCCUCUCUGUCUGCCCCUUACCCUCUCACGUGUGCUCACUCUCUCAAAACAAAUAAACCUUAAAAACAUUAAAAAAGAUAGUGAUUUUACCUUUAAAUUGUCAGUUGUAAUUUGAGUUGUAAUUGCAUUUGUCCCAAAAUUAUGUAAGCAGCUACUUUUCAUUUAAAGUUGACCUGAUUGAGAUUAAUGUGAAUUUCUUAUUUCCAAACUGUCUUCAUCUACUUUCACCUUUCUUUGGGAAAACAAUACAAGUCACAGCCAUUUUUAAUUGCCCAGUUUAAAGUUUUAUUCAAAGAGCAAAGAUUUGACAGUGCAUAGAAUAAAUGUUUAUGGCCACGUGUGGGGCCAGCACCAAAGGAUUGAGAACAUAUUUUGCCCAAAUUGUAUUGAGUCUUGUCAAAUCACACUGCUCCAUCAGAAGGUCAGACUAUUCAGUGUGGACUGACAUGGGUCAGCACCAUGAAUGGCCAGUCCCGAUUCCCUUACAGUACUGAGCAUCCAUGUGAUGGGGAAGCAAUGCACCAUGAGGCAAAGGGCCCAGGCCUAAAGACUAUGGGCUCAGUAGAUCUUUGACUUCAAAGAAUACUCUAGAAACUUUCACAAGUGACCAAGUUGAAACUACAGUCAUAUGACAGAGUGAGGCUCGGUUAUUCACAGAAAAAUUCUGGCAGUGGUUAAUUCCAGUUCGUGAUUGGUAUCAUACCUAUCCUAUUUUGCUUACUUCUCCAAAAGUCCCUUUUGAGGUAGGUGUUAUCCCCUCUCUCGUCUACUUCAGGUCCUGGACUUAGGAAGUCAGAGCACUCAGUCGAAGUGUGCCAAGGGCUGCUGUCAUCCACUCCUAGUUUUGCCUUGUUUUGUGUUUGUAAUUGGUUUUCAUGAGUAUUUCGAACUUUUAUUCUUCUUCCUAGCGAGGUUGAAUGUGCAUUUUGUAA